AUGUGCUGUUCAGACACUGCCGGCCCAGACUCCACGGUACCGGCCACGGAUCCGGGGCAGAUUCGGAGACGAGUCGGAUCUAUAACAGGGGAUCCCCCACAUGGCAAGAAGAGUGUUCACCGCCCAUCCAUGCUUCGGGGUGUCCCCUCUGAAAUGCGGGGUGCCCCGGGCCGAGGCAGAUUAGGAGGGGGGGGGGCAAAGGUGAAAAUGGCCGAGCUCCCUCAGCCUUCCCGGUUUCGCCCUCGUCCACCCUCCCGAGCCCGCCAGCCCGCCAGGGGCCGUUCUCAGGCGUCCGGCCGCCCGGAGGAAGCGCCUUCGCUUGGGCUGCGAGGAGAGCGGGGGCUCCUCCUGGUCCUGUCGGGACAGCAGGCCUGGCCGGGGCUGAUUUUCAGCCGCGAGCCGUCCCGAGUCGUCCCGUUGGGCCAGGAGGAGCAGCCCGCCUUCUUCUUUGGCUUUUCUCACCUGCUGAGCGUAGAGCCGCCCGCGGAGCGCGUGCCCACUAGACGUCACCUGGACGGAAACGCGGCCCAGGGCCCGGCCCCGACGCCCCAGCGCCCCCGCUCUGGAGCGAACGCAGGACAGCAAACGGGUGCGGGGAGGUGGGCAGCGUCAGGGACCGCCCGGGGCCUGCCCCGCGGGCUGCCUUCACCUCAGAGUGCGGAGCGAGGGGCAGUCGUGCUUGGCCACAGACAUGGUGAGGAGGCCGAGGGGCCUCCUCGGGUGCCUCCUCAGGUGCUGCCUCAGGUGCCUCCUCAGGUGCUGCCUCAGGUGCCGCCUCAGGUGCGCCUCAGGUACCUCAGGUGUCACCUCAGGUGCCUCCUCAGGUGCUGCCUCAGAUGCCUCCUCAGGUGCGCCUCAGGUGCCUCCUCAGGUGCUGCCUCAGGUGCCGCCUCAGGUACCUCGGGUGUCACGUCAGGUGCCGCCUCAGGUGCGCCUCAGGGCCGCCGGCUCCCGCUGCCGCCCCCGCGCUGA